AUGUCGUCCAACCACGCUCUCUCCGACGAUCAGGUCGCAAAUGAGCUCAAGAAGAUGACGGCCUUCAUUCGGCAAGAAGCACUCGAGAAGUCCCGUGAGAUCCAACUCAAAGCCGACGAGGAAUUUGCAAUCGAGAAAUCGAAGCUUGUCCGUGAAUCCACGGCCGACAUUGACGCCGAGUACGAGAAGAAGUUCAAGCAGGCCUCCAUGUCGCAGCAAAUCACCCGCUCUACACAAGCCAACAAGACGCGACUACGUGUACUGUCUGCGAGGCAGGAGCUGCUCGACGAACUAUUCGAGAAGGCGAGGGGCAAGCUGGGUGACGCGAGCAAGGGGAAGCAGUACGACGAUACGCUCAAGGACCUAAUCCUCGAGUGCAUGUAUAUGAUGGGCGAGAAGAAGAUUGGUCUCAGAUGCAGAAAGGCCGACAAGGGCAAGGUCGAGUCUGCGUCGAAGAAAGCUGGCGAGGAGUACAAGAAGAACAUGGGCGGCGAGAUUGAAGCAGUGAUUGAUGAGAAGAACUGGCCUGGCGGCGUCUUCGUCCUCAGUGGCAGCGGCAAGAUCGAACUCAACAACACAUUCGAGGAGCGGCUACGUAUGCUGGAGACGGAGGCACUACCGACGAUGCGGGCGACCCUCUUCGGGGAGAACGAGAACCGUCAUUUCCGCGAUUAG